AUGGGUUCCAAGCUUCUCAUCUUGAUGGGUCUUGUAGUGGCUGUUGUUCUCACUCGUCUCGUCGGAGCUAAGGACCCCAAUGAGACGAGCACCUUCAAUGAUGCAAAAUAUUCGGGCAGCGGAUACGGUGGAUACCCCGGCGGUGGAUACGGAGGAUACUCGGGCGGGGGAAGCUAUCUAGGCCGAGGCGGUCAUGGCGGUUAUCCAGGACGUGGUGGCUAUGGAGGAGGAGGGUACUGCCUCUUCGGUUGCUGUGGCUGGGGAUACCACGGACGAUGCUGGUGCUGUUCCUAUGCUGGUGAAGCAGUUGACAAGAUGUCCGAAGCCAAGCCUCAGAACUAA